CUAUGGGUCUACUGGAGCUACCCACUUCGAUCAAUUAGCCAAGAUUUUGACCGGAUACGAAAUCACUGGUGCUCGAUCUAGUGGUAUUUUUAUGGGGAUUCUAUCUAUCGCUGUAGGAUUCCUAUUCAAGAUCACUGCAGUUCCUUUUCAUAUGCGGGCACCUGAUAUCUAUGAGGGUUCACCCACCCCGGUUACAGCAUUCCUUUCUAUUGCGCCUAAAAUAUCUAUUUCUGCAAAUAUGUCACGUGUUUCUAUUUAUGGUUCCUAUGGAGCUACAUUGCAACAAAUCUUCUUUUUCUGCAGCAUUGCUUCUAUGAUCUUAGGAGCACUGGCCGCCAUGGCCCAAACGAAAGUCAAAAGACCUCUAGCUCAUAGUUCGAUUGGACAUGUAGGUUAUAUUCGUACUGGUUUCUCAUGUGGAACCCUAGAAGGAAUUCAAUCACUACUAAUUGGUAUCUUUAUUUAUGCAUCAAUGACGAUAGAUGCAUUCGCCAUAGUUCCAGCAUUACGGCAAACCCGUGUCAAAUAUAUAGCGGAUUUGGGCGCUCUAGCCAAAACGAAUCCUAUUUCGGCUAUUACCUUCUCCAUUACUAUGUUCUCAUACGCAGGAAUACCCCCGUUAGCCGGCUUUCGUAGCAAAUUCUAUUUGUUCUUCGCCGCUUUGGGUUGUGGGGCUUACUUCCUAGCCCCAGUGGGAGUAGUGACUAGCGUUAUAGGUCGUUGGGCGGCCGGAAGGUUGCCAUGAGUAAGUAAGUUUGGGGGACCGAAGGCUGUUUUCCGUGCACCGGACACGUAGCUUACCGAAUCAGUUGCGACACGGAUGGGAAUGCAUGCUACGAAAGAAAGGGUCGAGUCUGAUACAUCAACCGUCUACUCAAUAUCCUUGUACGAGUCCACAAUCACUACACGAGAUGAACCUUGGUUUGGUGAAUUGAAGUUGGCCUUAGGUGUAAUAGGACUCCCAGUUACUGCGCGCGAUCGUAUACUGAGGGGGGUUGAUAAACCCGGUUGUUGGAACGACGCGAGCCGGGCCGGGCCUCGAUUCAGAAAGAUGAAGGGACAGAGGUUACAAAUUCCCCAUCUCAUUGGGGGCGGAAAACGAAUCGACAUCUCGAUGUGAUACAGCCCUUUCUAUUUUAGUUGGGAAAGAACGGCGAAGUCCAUCCGAACCGUCCAAUGAAGAAUAAGAGGAGAGCAAAGCGCCAAUGGCGCGCGAAGCGCAUGCGGAACGGGCACGGAGAAAAAGAAGUGUGGAGGAGAAGCAGCCGAGCUCAUUCCCUUCGCUUCCUGGGCCCAAAGCAGUGCAGUGUUUCCUGGCCAAAUCAAGGAUUUGGGGCUUCUUGCUACGCUACAUAUAUUGCUAAAUCCAUUUUUAUAGUAAUCUAUAUGAAUAGAAAGAUAGAUCCAUCCAUCUAUCCGGAUAUCUAAAAAAGAAUCGAUUUCAUUCAACGUUUGUUUGAUUCAAAGAACUGCGCUUAGCCCCCCCGCUCAUGAAACGGCUCUGCUGCAAUGGAUGGCAGAGGGUCCGUAGUACCCGAAGCACUGGAGUGAUCCAGUAGCCGGGAAGGGGCCUAGAAGUGCCUACUACUACACCACACUACACUUGGCUCUACACAUUUACAGAGCUAACCCCUGUCCAGUGCCUGGCAGAGCUAAGGGGGGCUUCAAUCCUUACUCCUUAUCCCCAUCUCAGCCCAGGCUAACGGGGCCUUACUUAUUCUGGGGGGGGAGUGGAGCCUCGAGAAGCACUGUUGAGAGGAAGAUCCUUGGCCCCUCUUCAUUCUCUACAGGGGUCUCUGCCCACAUGGAAGCGGGGCAGAGAUGGAAGAGAUCGAACACGGGAAUAAGAAGGAUUUCAUCUCCUUUUUGAUCAUUUUGAUAGAGGGGGAUGGAGAAAGUGGACAAAACAGACUCACAUUUCCCAACAAGCAACGGAUGAGCCCCUAUUUGAGUAAGGCUGAUCUACGACCAAAGAAGCAAGGGUGCUCUACGAUCAGCUCACAAACCUAUUACUAAGACGCGUUAGCAUGCUUUGACGCGUUAGCACGCCCGUUUAUAGUUGGGGCGUUAGCGCUUUUCUUGCUGCGUUAGCGCAACGGUGCUCUACGAUCAGCUCGACCACAGGCUGGUUGUAAAUCAGGUGGUCGUAGAGCAGCUCGACCACCGGGAGAGAGUGGUCGUAGAUCAGCUAGCUCAGCCGUUGCUUGGUUGCUGGGUUCCUUUUUCGUCUCGACAAAGAGGAAAAGAAGAAUAUUGAAAACGCUCCUAACCCAACCCCUUCCUUCGUAGAGCCGUGUAUUGUAAGUGAUCCGAACCUGCCCGGAGCGAGCCCCCCAUAGAGGCAAGUGAAGUUGGUGAGCCGUAUGAUGGGCAACUAUCUCCUGCGGUUCGGAGAGGACUCAGCUGUUAGUUAGUACCCCCUUGGUUUCGGGGUGGACCCUUUCACUCUAU